AUGUCAAGCCUGUGGGGAGUUCUCUCCGAAACCUCGUACAUAAUCAGCUCCAGCCUCCUCCAUUUCGCCACCCUAUAUCUCAUCUUCGUCUUCGACAAAUCCCAACUCCUCUACGGCUUAGCUCUCCUCACAUUCAACAUCUCCUUCGUCUCCUCCGUCACCACCACCAUCUUCCGUGGCUUCCACAGAAACCCCAUCAAACUAUAUACAUCCCUCAAAUCCUUACUGAUCUCCUUCUUCCUCCCUGUCCUCCUCUGCAAGCUCGCCUACUCGAUAAUCCUCGUGGCUAUCCUCUCCGCAUUGGGAAUUUGCGCGGGUCUCGCUUUCUAUGUGAUGAUACUGCUGGGGUUGGAGAUCGAGGCCACCGUCAGCACAUGUUUCACGGCCCUCGUUUUCACGACGAUGAUCCUCUUCGCCCUGCUGUUCGCCUACUUGUGUGUGGAGUGGUGCUUCAUGGAUUAUGAGGUCGUCGUCAUAGAAGAAGAAGAAGAAGAAGAAACGAAAUACGGCGUUGAGGGGAGUGUGGUGACGGGGAUGAGGAGCGUGGCGUUCGUGAUGAUCACGAUGUUGGGGAUUAUGCAGGGGAUUUUAUCGGCGUUGUUCUCGGUGUUGGCAGGCAGAGGCAGGACGAGUGACGCCGUGGUUCCGCAAUUGGUUGGUUACGCUGCCUUGUUUGCGGUGCUGUCGCUCUUUUGCUUUGUCCAUUGCAAGGCGUUUAAUGGGGAUUUGGAAUGGGAAUACUAUCCCUGUGAUGAGAAGAAGUUGCAGGCAGAUACAGUUGCCUCGUGA